AUAACACACGUGCGGUUAGAAAUGUCAAAUAUUUUGUAAAUUUGGUAGAAAACAGACGAUUUUCGUAGAAAUUUAAGGCAUUUCUAUUUUAAAUGAUUUAAAAAAUAUACCAAAAUGGAUAUCGUGAAGGAAGUGUUAGAAAAACAACAACGAACAUUAGAAAAAUACAAACCAAUUACUGUAGAUAAACAUUUGGAAGUCCGGCUAGAUGUUGGUUCUUUGAUGUGCACUGACCCAAACGAUUUAGAUGAAAAAGGUCUAAGAAGUAACCGGGAGCAGUAUUUGCUUGAUCUUACUCGUGACAAUACACAAUUGCUAAUUAAUGCAAUAUGGGAGGUGCCGGCUGAGCGUGUAGACGAAUGCAUCGUGGCGAAGCUGCCGGCGCCAGCAACUGUCUUGCCUCGCCUGCGUAAGGUACCUGGACCUAAGCCCUUGACAAAAUGGGAAAAGUUCGCAAAAGAAAAAGGCAUUAAAAAGAAAAAGACGGACAAGAAAAAAUACGAUGAAGUACUCGAUAAAUGGGUACCAACGUAUGGAUUCAAACGUGCAGAUGCUGAAAAAGAAAAGGAAUGGGUAUUGGAAGUACCUAAAAAUGUUGAUCCAAAUGAAGAUAUGUUUCAGAAGAAAAUCGACCUGCGUAAUGAAAAAGUGGCUAAGAAUGAGAUACAACGCAUGAAAAACAUUGUUCGAGCAAGAAAGGUAGAGGUUCCUCGUGGAGGUUACUUCGGCCCAGAGGUAGCCUCCUCAGGGCAGUUGCUGACUGCAGUCACUGUAGCUAAGUCAUCCACAGCCUCCGUAGGAAAAUUCCAAGAUAAAUUGCCAAAGGAAAAACAAGCGCGUGGUAUCGGUGUGAAAGAACUGAUACCUGGAUCGAAACGUAAAGCUUCACAUAUUAGUGCCCAGCCUGAAAAGGAGGUUAAUCUGGAUUUGAUCAAGAGUGUGCUUAACAAGAAACCAAAAUAUGACAUUGAAAAGGCUAUUUCACUACAAAAGAACGAAAAUAAAUUAGAGAGAGAAGCUAAUCCAACUGAUGCCGGAAAAAAAGUAAAGAAAGGAAAAGGAGGCAAAAAAGGAAAAGGUAAUGGUAAAACUGGCAAGAAACCUAAAGGCGGGCGUGGACAGCGCGCGCCUGGAAAAAAGAUUGCUGUGGGUAGGAAGAGGCGUUGAAAAAUUUUGUACAUACCCUAAACAAUUUUAUGUUUAAGUAAAUAUAAGAUAAUAUAAAAACAACAUAACAGUAAUAAUAA